GGUCCAUAGGGCAGCGGCCAGGCUGGGACGGGGCUCCCGGCGCCCCAGCCUCGGCCUCUGCCUUACGGUAAACCCUCGUGACCUUGGCCCUCAUACCCAGCCUGCACGUCGGACUCCCGAAGAUCUCUCUACCUAUGGCUAGGUGGGGGAUCAGCGGUCAACGGACCUGGGUUUUCUUUUUUCCUUCGACUUUUCUUCUUGACCCCGCCUCUCCAAGGAUUUGAGGUUUCUGAUUGGUGAAGCGGGGCCCACAGCUAGCCAACGGGAGCGCCAAAGGCGGGACCGGAGGCUCCUCUUCCUCUUACCUCUGAGCCCACAGGGUCCUUGAGCACUGAUUGGCGCCUCGGACCCCGCCCUCUCUCUGUUUGGCGACUCGGGCACCGCCCACUUCCCGAUUGGCCUCCCUGCUUCAGGGGCGGGACGUCUUAUAUUCCUAAGGAAAUAGCGAAGGUCGAGGAGGCGGGAUGGCAGCCACCCGGCCGGCCCUGGGCCGCGUGCUCCCCGGCUCCUCCAUGCUCUUUCUAUGCGACAUGCAGGAGAAAUUCCGAGGCACCAUCUCCUUCUUCCCCCAGAUCGUGGCCGUGUCAGCUCGCAUGCUCCAGGUGGCCCGGGUAUUGGACAUCCCAGUGAUGCUGACAGAACAGUACCCCAAGGGCCUGGGUCCCACAGUUCCAGAGUUGGGAGCCCAGGGUAUCCAAGCAGUGCCCAAGACGUGCUUCAGCAUGGUGGUACCUGAAGUGGAGCGGCUGAUGAAGGCCAGACCUGGCCUCCAGUCCGUGUUGCUGUGUGGCAUCGAGGCCCAAGCCUGUGUUAUGAGCACAGCCCUGGACCUUCUGGAGAGAGGCCUGGAUGUGCACGUGGUGGCCGACGCCUGCUCCUCCCGAAGUCAGGUGGACCGGUUGCUAGCCCUGUCCAGGAUGCGCCAGAGUGGGGUCUUCCUCACCACCAGCGAGUGCCUCAUCCUGCAGCUGGUGGGCGAUUCUGCUCAUCCGCGUUUCAAGGAGGUGCAGAAAUUAAUUAGGGAUCCAGCCCCCGAUAGCGGACUCCUUGGCUUGUUCCAGGGCCAGAGCCCCCUCCUCAGCUGAACACCCCCAAAUCCCCUUCGCACACACACACACACACACACACACACGCACAUGUUGGAUCGGCCGCGACGCGAACUCCCUACUGCCCGGGACCUCCUACUAGUAUAGCCUGGAUCCCCUCUCCUGGGGGCGAAGGUCUCUGUCCCGGGAGAGGAAAAAGAUUCCUUCCUCCCCACCCCCCAGCAGAAAGCACCGGUCCCAUUGGUCGACCACCUCCUUCUAUGCAAAUGAACCCUUGAAAAAAGGGAGGGGAUUGGCUAGGCCCUGGAGGGGGCGGACUGGGGGGAGGUGACCCUUCGAGCUUGGUUCGAGGAAUAAAGCUUUCCUCUACA